GGAGUUGAAAGUAAGCAGAAGUGCUAUUCUUGUGCUGGCAUUCCUGGCAUCAUCCGGACAACAGGGCUUUGAAAUUCUUGUUGGUCAUAGGCUCUCUAGUAGCGGGGUAAACUAUCUUAUGUUGAUUUUGCAAUUACUGGUAUCAGAGAUGGACCUUGAAGCUGGAGCAAAUGAGGAGCUGCCAGAAAUUUUCAGGGAGAGGACAUUUCUGAUACGGGAGAUACUGAUAUUACUUAACAGACUAGUGUCUAGUCCUUCAUAUUCUGCCACCGUCUUGCGGAGUCUAACGAACACUAGGGAUAUGGCUGGGUUGACAAUUGAUGUUGCAAGCAGAUUAUCUCGGAAAGGAAAGAAAAAUGAGGAGCAAGACAAUAUGGCAAAACAUAUAAGAGAAAUCGAAAUCGUUGACCUUGCUCUCCUAUUCAAGAAAAGGGUAUUCACAUAUUUAGGUGAUGGCUUAUCAUGAAAGCGUCCUCUUUGUUAAAAGGGUAUUCACAUUUAUGCAUGCAUGCACGUAUGCAUGUAUCAUUCUACUCAGGUUGGAGGAACUGAUACUGAAAUGGUGCCGAGUAGAUAGGCAGCAAAGGCACGCUAAUCUUUUAUGACGAGUUUUAGCAAUCGUGCCUGGGAAUAUUUUGGUUGGCUCGAGAAAUAUAUCUUUUAUUCAAAAUU